UCAAUCCGAACAACAACAGAGAGAGAGAGAGAGAUGUUGGUCCAUUCUCUGCUGCUAUCGAUCGCCCUCAGCUGCUACUGCUCUGCUGAAGAUCUUCCUGGUCCUCCAUCGAUCAGUCUGAAAUCUGUCUUCCUGCCAAAUCAAACAGAGGUGGUUCUGACUGCCGGCUCCGCCUUCUCCCUCAGGUGCCAUGGUAACGGUUCGAUCCGUUUGUCAAGCACCGCAUUUAGUCUGCUCUACAAGGACAAACUGCCAGACCCAUUGGAGGUCAAGAGCUCAGAACCUAGACAUACUGGGACAUACCGCUGUGGGUACACUACCCAGAGCCUGGAACACCUGGACACCUGGAUCCACCUGUACAUCAAAGACCCAGCCAACACUUCCAGUGUAUUUGUCACUCCUCGCAGUGCCCCUGAUGUCAAAGAAGGCCAGGACUUCCUGUUCAAGUGUCUGCUGACUGACCCAUCCGUCAAAAACCUAACCCUCCAAUCAGAAGGUAGUGCUGGGGGCAGGGGGCGGGGCCUGCCGCAGGGCAUGAACGUGACCUUUGACCCCAGAAGAGGAGCCCUUAUCCAUGACCUAAAGAGGUCGUUUAAUGGACGCUAUGUCUGUUCAGGCUGGAAGGACGGGAAACAGUUCAGAUCCAGUACUGUUGACCUGCUGGUGGUCCCUAGGCUGCGUAAUCCUCCCUCUCUGUCUGUCAGUCAGGAUGAAUUUGUCCGUCUGGAGGGAGAAAAAUUUGAGGUCACCUGUCUGAGCAGUAACCCCUCCCACUUCUACAACCUCACCUGGACACACCCGAACAUACAGACACUGAAUGUGACCGUCAGCCGACACUAUGGUAACCACCAACUGUACAUCAACAACACUCUGACUAUCUCUGCUGUCAGUCUGAAACACAGGGGACCAUACACCUGUACCGCUUUCAACGAAGCUGGAGUAGCCAAAGCAACCACACAGCUCAGAGUUCUGGAUCAUCCCUACAUGAGGAUCUACCUUCAACUGAUGCAGCAUGCUAACACUAACACCAGGACCAUAGAGGUCAAGGGGAACCUGUUUGCUAAUAUUAGCAGCAUGCCAUUGGAGGUGCCACGAGAGCCAGACACUAAUAUUAGCAGUGGUUCACUGGAUGUGAAUGGGGAAAUGAUUGCUAAUGUUAGCCACGAGAGAACACAUGUGAAUAGUGCUAUUAGUGCUAACAUCAGCGGCAGUAGCAGAGUGGAGGUGGUUGAAGGCCAAGAUGUGAUGUUAACAUUUGUGAUGGAGGCAUAUCCUCCGAUCAGGCACCGGGACUGGAUGACACCAGCACACAUCAACAACAACAACAAUACGGUGUACCAGGAGAGCUACACUGCUGAAGGUUACAGGUCGGCAGCGAGCCUGCUGCUACGGCGGGUCCGUCAGGAGGAUCGUGGACGAUACGCGUUUAAUUUCUCAAACUCAUUCUUUAGUGGCUCACAGAACGUCGAUCUCCGAAUCUACCGUUCUCCAAGUGCUGUGGUCAGUCUGCAGAACAACACUCUGAUCUGCAGCAGCCCUGGAUAUCCACUACCCACAAUCCUCUGGUACAUCUGCCCUGGGGUUCAGGACACGUGUGGAGAUGGCUCCCCUUAUCAGUCUCCAGCUGAUGUGACCUCACAGGAGGAAGAGGAUGAGGAGGAGAAGGAGGAGGUGAGGAAACACCUCCCUCUGUCAGCCGGUGAUGAUGUCACUGUGGAGUGUGUUGCCUACAAUGACAUGGGACAGUCGCGUACCAUCUUCAAUUCUCGUCAAGUCAAGUCUCUGGGUUCUAUAACAGAAUCUCCAAUGUUUUUCACUCCGGCUCUGAUUGGAGCUCUGAGUGCUACUGCCAUCCUUCUCCUGCUGCUAUUGGUCGUUUUUUACCAUUGGAGACAGAAACCCAAAUAUGAGAUUCGCUGGAAGAUCAUCGAGAACACAGAUGGAAACAAUUACACCUUUGUUGACCCCACCCAGCUGCCGUACAACCACAAGUGGGAGUUUCCGCGAGACAAACUCCGCCUUGGUCCUGUUUUGGGUUCAGGGGCAUUUGGGAAGGUUGUUGAGGCGACGGCGUACGGUCUGGGCACUGAAAACAUCGUCACCAGAGUCGCCGUCAAGAUGCUCAAACCGAGCGCUCAUUCGGAAGAACGUGAAGCUCUGAUGUCGGAGCUGAAGAUCCUCAGUCAUCUUGGUUACCAUGACAACAUAGUCAACCUGCUGGGAGCCUGCACUCAAGGAGGCCCCAUGCUGAUGAUCACAGAGUACUGUAGCCAUGGCGACCUGCUCAACUUCCUGCGGGCUCAUGCUCAGGACUUCAUGACAUCAAUUUUGAUUGUGGAUGAAGUUGAGGAGGAGGCUCUCUAUAAGAACAUGGCCACCCAGCAUGCCAGGCUCAGGAGUGACAGUGGAAUCUCGUGCUGUUCAGAGUAUCAGGAGAUGCUGCCGGUUCUGAAUCCAGGACGAACACACCAGGGUGUGCAGACAGACAACCUGUCUGUCAGUGACCUCAUGAGGUUUUCCUACCAGGUGGCUCAGGGUCUGGACUUCCUGUCCACCAGGAAUUGUAUCCACAGAGAUGUAGCAGCAAGGAACGUCCUGCUGACUGAUCGUCGUGUUGCAAAAAUCUGUGACUUUGGUUUGGCUCGAGACAUUUGCAACGACGACAGCUACAUAGUCCAGGGAAAUGCCCGCCUCCCAGUGAAGUGGAUGGCUCCGGAGAGCAUCUUUCAGUGUGUUUACACUAUACAGAGCGAUGUCUGGUCGUAUGGAGUCUUACUGUGGGAGAUCUUCUCUCUGGGUAAGAGUCCGUAUCCAAAUGUUGCCGUGGAUACCAACUUCUACAAGAUGAUCAAAGAUGGUCGCCACAUGGCUCAGCCAGACUUCGCUCCAGCAGAGAUGUAUGAGCUGAUGACUCUCUGCUGGUGUCUGGAGCCCACUGACAGACCAACCUUCAAAACGAUCGGUCAGCUCAUCAACAGGCUCCUCCCCUCCACCAAUAACAUGUCACCACGUCACAGCCAUCAACCAACGUACAGGAACAUUGAUGAGUGCAGAGAAGAAGAAGAAGAAGAAGAAGAGGAGGAGGAUGUCGGAGGAGGAGCAACACUGAAGAGACCAGAAGAAGAAGAGCACGGUCAGAGAGAGCACAGUGGUGUUGAAGAGGAGGAGAAGGAGCCGAUGAUGAAGAACAUCUACCAGCUCUCCUGACUGUCUCGUCCAGUCAAAAUCGGGUUCAGUUCUGCUGUUUCUCACUUGUAGUUUAUUAUUGAACGAAUAAUGAAAAUUUGAGAAUGAGUUGAUGUCAUGUUACUCAUUAGGCUGCCCUCCUCACUGCUAAAAACUUUAUGGAGAUACUGUCACGUUAAAAUAAAACCUUUAUUCAAACAUCCAGCCUGAACAGACAUGAAGGGACCUGUCUGUGUGGUGUUCUGGUGUCCAGGUUGGAGGUUCAUUUGAAUGAGGCGGAGAGAUCUGGGUAUUUGGGUGGGAAAAUUGUCCCACGGUGCAUUCACAAACACAAAGUAGACCUCAGUAUCUGGUCUCUCAUGAAUCUGUAGUUCUGGGGAGUGGGGGUUGUUUUGUGUAAUUUACAUCCUCUGCUCCAACUGGACAGUUGUUUUCAGAAGAGUCCACCGCCAACAGACAUCAAUAAUGUCGGUGAUUUGUUUCCAGACUCGACAUAGAAAAUUGGGAGGCCAGAGACGGCGAUGAUCAGCUUUUCUUCCACUUUGUUUAAUGUUGAAGUUUUUAGUGCAGUGCAGUAGUAACCAACUCUGUGCUUCUGUUUCCGCUGGAAUCAUGAUGAUCAGGAUUGGCUCUCACCAGGCUGUCACUCACACUGCGUCAGAGGAUAUUUGAAUAGUUGAGUCUUUAAGGCUUUGAGACCAAAGCCAGGUCUCCUUCACAAUGAAUCGCAGCCAUCUCUGUCCCAGCUUUUUGAAUCUGUGUAUGUGUGUGUGAAUGCGGCAUUACACUUUGUGCUGAGAAUAGAUGUCUCUGUCAAUAUGCUGCCAAUCUGAUUGUUUUAUCAUCAGGAAAAAACUAAAUACCCAGAGCAAAUGCAAAACAAUAACAGAAAUAAACUGUUUUAAUCAAACUAUCUCUAGAGAGUAGAUGUAUUUAUCUGAUUAAAAAAUAACAUUAAUUGUGUUUAGAGCAGGAACAUCAGUAAAUCAUACUGGUCAUGGUCUCAUAGUUAUGAUGGUGCUUUUUAUGUCAGAGACAUCAGAUCACAGCAGCUCAUCAAUCCUCACAAAAAAAAAGCUAAUUAGUAAAAAAAAAUCUGAAUCUCAUUGUUUAUUCUAGAAAUGUAUUAUGACGCAUAAUGAUGCUGUAUCAAAUUUCAAAAUAUGACAUAACUAUUUAUAACGUGAAACAGCAUCAGAUUGAUGCUUUCAUAUUACCAUCUUCACAGAACUUUUUUUAUUUUUCAUUUCUAUCAUCAUUGUACUCAUUAAUUGUUAUACACCACCUGCCUUUGGCUGCAGAUUUGUGCUACUACUCGUUCACGUUGCGUCACUUUGCAUCAUCCAGACCAGAAUAUGAUUUCCUGUGUCUUUCCAUGUAUUUACUUACUAUCAUCAUCUUUCCCUGUGAUUGUUUCAGCUGUUUCAGAGCAAUCAGAGCAGGGAUGUGAUUGGCUGAGAGUGUAUCUAUUAAUCACCACACCCUCUGAUCUAUAUUCACCUUCACUUGCUGUACCUACAUGAACCAAAACAUCUGUUUUAAAAACCAACACCUGCUGCUUUGUGUUUCUUAUUGUGUUUGUUAAAAUAGAUUAAAACAAAGCGCGGAAUCAUAAAACACCUCAACUUUCAACAGAGUGGCAGCCGGGAUUUUAGAAAUACUGUUGACAUGAUUCAAAAUGUUCUCAACUGCAUCACCAACCAAACUCUGUGUAAUUUUCUAAGCAUUAAAAAAAAACAACAUUUUAUUUUUGGCGAGACACCAACCAGAUUCUUACAUUUUAUGUAAGUAUCCACAAAAAUCACAAAAAAAAAAAGUGUUUUUGAAAAAUUUUCAAUUUAAUUUCUGACAUACAACCAAACUCUUAAAAUUACUGAAUGCUUUUAAAAAA